UAGAAAAUCGCAUAUGUAUUUUACUUUAUUAUUAUUAUUUUAGAAAACCAAAUGUAUAUAUGAGUGAAUAUCAAAUGAGAUGAAUUUGAGAAUAAGUGAAUAGAAUGAUCAAAUCUUAACCAUAUACAAACAAUCAAAAUUAAAAUAAAGAACUACUCUUAAAAAAUAUCAUAUUUCACUUGAAUAAUUGAAUAAUUUAUAAUCAUAGAUCAUUCUUGUAAGGUGUUAUAGUAAAUAUUGGAUCCUCACAUUUUAAAACUCUUGUCUGCUAUCUACCAUUGCUGUUAUGAUUUUGCGGAGGCUAUGAAUAAGAACGAGUGGGUGCAGAGGACGCGGAGGCCCGAUGUUGAAGGAAAAUCCAAUUUAUUGUAUCUAUCUUUCAUUCAUAAUUAAGGAAGAAAGUGUACAAGAAUACUGGAGUUGACGCAUAAGGAUACAAUGAUGUCCUUCAGAUAAGGAAGAAUAAGCGCCAAGACUAUAUCUUCAAGAAGCGAAUGGAAGAAGACGGAGAUACUCCUUCUUCUCCUUCCCCUCCCUGUAUCAUCAACACAAUACAACACAUUCGUAUAUUGACACAAUCAUUAUCGUCUGAUGAUCCUGCUUCACAACUGGAAGCAACUACUGAGAUUUGUAAGCUACUAUCAAAGGGCCAAAUUGCUCUAAUUGAUCAGGCAAUCCGGGAAGGUAUUGUCCCUCAGCUUGUGAGGUUUUUGGAAAGGAAUGAUAUACCCCAACUGCAGUCCAAGGCAGCGUGUAUUCUAACCAACAUCACGUCGGGAACGUCCGAGUCUGAGCAUACAAGAACUGUGAUUAAACAUGGUGCUGUUCCCCUGCUUGUGAACCUUCUGUACCGUGGUAAUUAUGACAUGAAAGAGCAGGCAUUAAGGGUAUUAGGUAAUAUUGCUGGUGAUUCCCAAAGCACAAGGGAUGAUGUUCUUAGUCAUGGUGCACUCUUGCCAUUAUUUGGUCUGUUGUGGAAUCCAACUAUAGUAAAACCAUCUAUCUUGAGGAUCGGUACAUGGACUUUAUCACACUUGUUCCAUGGAAAGCCUCCUUCCAAACUUCUUCAACAGAUACAGCCUGCAUUGCCUUUCGUUCAUAAUCUCUUGUUGAUGGCUGAUGAAGAAGUUGUAGUAAAUGCAUGUCGGACUCUCUCUUAUCUUACUCAUGACGGCUCAAGUAAAAUGAUCCAAGCUGUCAUUGAUGCCAAUGUCUGCCCUCGACUUGUAGAGUUACUACAGUCACUAGAAUCAAACGUUGCUGCACCUAUACUGGUGACUCUAAGGAAUCUUACUCUUGGUGACGAGGCUCAAACUCAGAUUCUAAUCGACAAUGGAGUUCUCCCUUGUCUUAAACUAGUUCUUUCAAGCUGUGAUAAGAUCGUCCUGAGACAUGCUUGUUCGGUAAUCUCAAAUAUCACACGCGGAAAUAUAUCUCAAAUACAGGCCGUCAUUGAUGUUGACCUUAUUAGUCCUCUUGUUUGUCUUACAAAGGCUGAAUUUGACAUCAAGCAGGAGGUUGCACAGGCUAUUGUCAAUGCCGCAGAUGGAACUCCUCAGCAGAUUCAGUUCUUGGCGAGUAAAGGAUGCAUUGAGGCACUCUGUGAUCUCUUGACCUGUCCAGACCCAACUACUAUGACAUCAUGUCUGUCUGGGCUGUAUAACAUUUUACUUGCAGGAGAAACAUACAAGGGUGAUACUGUUUGGGUCAAUGUUUAUGCUGAAAAGGUUGACAAGUGUGGAGGAUUGGAAAAGAUUGAAAGUUUGCAGUGCAAUGACAACAAUGGCGUUUCUACUAUGGCUAUGGAUAUUUUGGGGACAUAUUGGCCCGAGAGUGGUAGUGAGCAAGAUUAAAUAAUACCUAAUUACUUUUUUAAUAAACUAGGUCUUUUCUUUUUAAUCUGUCUCAUAUUGAAUAGUUGUCUGACAUAUACAUACAUUACAAUGAGAAGAAAAGGAAAAUUAGAUUUGCUACAUGUGUAAUAAUAAAAUGGAAAUUCUUAUAUUGUUUAGUUAA